ACCCACAAGAACACAGUACUGCUACUGCGGGACCAAGACGGAGUUUUGCCUUCCUAAUCCUACGCUCUGCAGGGUUUUAGAAACGAAGUGGAGGCUAGGGUUUUACAGAACACAAGACCAAGAAAGAAGCGGAAGGAAGAGAAGAAGACUGAUUUCUUCCCCAGCAAAGAAGCGCUAUGGGUUUCUGGGGAAUUGAAGUGAAGCCAGGAAAACCUCAACCAUACCACUCUGAUAAUGUGGAGGGAACGCUUUUUGUUACCCAGGCGACUCUCGGCCUUGGUAAAUCAACCGAUAGGAGCAUACUCCAGUGUUCAGUUGGCCACAAGAGUCCGAUUUUCUUGUGCUCGUUGCUGCCGGAGAAGACCGAGUCUUGCCCCUUGAAACUGGAGUUCAAAGAUGAGUUGGUAGCUUUCUCGGUAGUGGGCAAACGGAGCAUUCACCUCUCUGGCUACUUUGUGGCCGACGAAGGAGACUAUCGUCUUGAUGAGUAUGAGUCUGAUUCUGGAGAGGACAUUGCUGAUACAGAGUCGGAUGACGAAACCAGUGAAUUUGAGUAUGAUGAUGAAGAUGGUGAUGAAUUCAUCAAUGAUGGUGAUGAUGAUUUCAAUGUGUUCCGUUCUUCUCCCGUCCCAAAUAGCGGUGUUGUUAUUGAGGAGAUAGAAGAUGACGAGCAACCGGCAAAUGGAGAUGGAUUGUCUAAACUGAAAAAGAAGAAGAAUGACAGUGGUGGUGUCUCUGUGAUGGAAAGUGAAGAUGAAGAUGGGUUUCCAGUUUCUGCCGCAGGAGAGGGAGGAAAAGCCAUUAUUCAGUAUCCUGAAUCUAAGAAAAAUAAGAGAAAAGUAAAGGCAACUACUGAACCAGAUAGCCAACCUGAGAAGAAAAAGAAGAAGAAACAGAAACAGAAAGGAGUCCAGGAAACUGUGGCUGAUAUGAUUGAAGAUGAUAAGAAAGAACUGUCUGGCGAUGAAGCCCUACCUGCAGAUGCAAAAGAAGUAUCUCCUGAUACACGAGAAGGUGAUAAAAGGGAAACUGAAGUCGAUGAAGGAAGUGCAGCCAGCAAAAGUGCCUCCAAGAAGAACAAGGAAAAAAAGAACAAGGAAAAAAAGAAAAAUAAGAAAGCAGGUGAGGAGAGCACAGUUGGGAAGCCUGUUGCAGGGGUGACGUCAGAUGGAGGUUCUGAUGAGAAGCAAUCUGCUUCCAAGUCUUCGAGUGUUAGAACCUUCCCAAAUGGACUGGUCAUUGAGGAUUUAGAUAUAGGAAAGCCAAAUGCUAAAAGAGCUUCUCCUGGAAGUCAGGUCAGUGUGUGCUAUACUGGCAAGCUUCAGAAGAAUGGCAAGAUUUUUGACUCUAACGUGGGGCGGGCGCCAUUUAAGUUCCGGCUAGGCGUGGGUCAAGUCAUAAAAGGAUGGGAUGUUGGUGUUAAUGGCAUGAGAGUUGGGGACAAAAGAAGGCUCACGAUUCCUCCGGCAAUGGGCUAUGGGCAUCAAGGUGCUGGCAACAAGAUACCGCCAAAUUCGUGGCUGGUUUUUGAUGUAGAGUUGAAGGAUGUCCGUUGAUCGAACACCGACAUGGGUUUUGUUUGUUCUCUUGGGAGGUUUCGAAAGACAUCAAUUGGUUUGUGGCGAGGAUUCAUGAUGGCGAUCGAUGAGAGUUUCGUCAAAGCUUCAGGGUUAGCAACAAUGGCUUCUGAAGAGUGAAGACCUCUAUAACUUGUAGCAUAGAUCUUGAGAACAUGGUUUUGGAUAUGGAGACUGUCCCAAAGAUUUUGUAGUAUUGAGUUCCACCCCAUCGUAUCUCUCAACUGAUAUGGAGUGGGCGAAAAUUUUGGAAUGGAAAACUUGCUUGAAUCUCUCUCUUGGUUUGGUUGUUUUGGAUAUUCAACUUCACUGGUUCAUGGUACAAGUUCUUGUCGCACCUCGUACUGUUGGUUUAGAAUUGAAUCCAUCUUUUUGUUAGUGGCACUUCAAUGUAGUGCGAUAUAGUUACAGUGUGGCAGCUAUCCAGCUUAACUUGCCGCAUAUUAUACUGUCCGAAGGAGUAAUUGGAGGGCAAUUUCUAGGGAUUUUUUUAAGCGCUGCAUUGCUGCACUUUUUGCUGAGACAAGCGACAUUGUCUGGUAUGUAG